CUCGAGCAAUGCGAAGGCGGAACCGCGGAACAGGCAGCAAAUAAACUGAUACGUCGCCGUCUCGUGCGACCGGGAGUUCUUUAUUAUUUUCCUUCCUCUUCUCUUGGUACGAAAGCACGACCGGGAAUUGUCUAUUUGUCUAGCAACUUCCAUUUGUUCCGGCGGAAAGGAAAAAGAAGGGUCCGCGGCGAAAGAAUCGAAAGAAAGCAGAAAGAAGAAAAUGGCAGGAGUGGCACAGGCAAUGAAGCGCAUCCCUAGCAUCAAGUUCCCCCAGCGGCGCCCCAAUCCUUCCACAGGUUCUGUUACCAAGAUGGAAGAAGCUUCCAGUGCUGCAAAUGUAGUUUCCAACUUCUUCUCCAGUGCAAAGGCUUCAAACUCUCUUGGAGGUCAAGCUUCUCUUCAACCCAAACGAACACCAGUUUCUAAUGAUGAGAUUGAGGCGAUCUUGUUGGGCGGCUGCAUCUGA